UAAAAUUAUUUUCUUUCUACUUCAUAAAAAAUAAAACCAAAAGAUGACUUCGUUGGACGCCCAAACAUGUAAGGAAAGGAUCAUGUUUUCUACGGUAGACGAAUCGAAUUAUUUUAAUCAAGAAAGCGAAGUUUCUGAGUUUUUCUCUGGACGAAAAAUACUGAUAACAGGAGGUUCUGGAUUUUUGGGACGACUUAUACUGGAAAAACUUUUGAGAUCAUGUCCAAAAAUUGAAAGGAUUUAUUUAUUGAUGAGAGGAAAGAAACAGAAGGAUAUGCAGACUCGAUUUAAGAAAUAUUUUAACGAUAUCCUUUUCGAACGAUUGAAGGAAGAACAGAAAGAUGUCGAAAAGAAGAUCGUUUUAAUAGAAAGCGAUAUGAAUGAAUUGAAUUUAGGAAUGUCAGGAAAAGACAGCGAACGUAUUAAAGAUACUGAAGUGAUUUUUCACUGCGCAGCAUCGGUACGUUUCAAUGAUACACUUCGUUCCAUAAUUAAUGUAAACGUCAGAGGAACGAGAGAUCUCCUUUUGCUUGCACGAGAGAUGCCGAAUUUGAAGGUUUUUACCUAUGUGUCAACGGCAUAUUCGCAAUGCAUUUAUGAAAGAAUCGAAGAGAAAUAUUACAAUCCAGCGUUAAAGACUGAAGACAUAAUAAAAUUGACGGAGACUUUGAACGAUGAUCAAUUGGACUUAAUCACGCCAGAGUUACUCGGAAAAUGGCCCAACACUUACACUUACUCAAAAGCAAUUUGUGAAGACACUGUACGGCAAUAUUCAAGAGGAUUUCCGACUUCGUCCAUCCUCUGUUUUGAAUCUCUACGGAUUGACUGGCAUCGCGUUAAGUAUUGCUUUGGGUAUAGUACGUGUGAUGAAUUUAGAUACGAAAUUGGUACACGACAUUUUCCCGCUGAUUAUGUAGUCAACAAUAUCAUCGUGUCAACAUGGGACACCGCGAAAAAAAGAUCUAUAUCAUCGGUUAUUACUAAUUUCAAUAAUGAUGACAAGUCCUUAACAGUUGACGCGGAAGAGAUUCCAAUUUAUAAUAUCGUCUCCUAUGUUGAAAAUCCAGUGAAAUGGAAUUACUGUAUAUUAAAAUUGUUGGAAAUUUAUUCUAUUGUACCAUAUAGAAAAUGCUUGUGGUAUUCCUUUUUUUUACCAUUAACAAAUGAAUACUUUGUCUAUUUAUGCAUAAUUUUACUUCACUGGAUACCAGGAUUUAUAGUCGAUUCACUACCUUUUCUCGUCGGUAGCAAACCAAGGUUAUUAAAUAUUUAUAGAAGGAUGCAUAAAUUGACCAAUGUGAUGAAUUUCUUUGCAACACAUCAAUGGGAAUUCACUAAUGAUAAUGUUUUGAAGCUAUGGAAUAAACUAUCUGUUGUCGAUAAGAAUAAAUUCUUCUUUAAUAUUAGCGAUCUCGACUGGGAUUCUUAUUUUCUAACGUAUUGUAAAGGAGUUCGAGUAUUUGUGCUAAAUGAUCCUUUGGAGACGGUAAACGAUGCUAAAAUUUUGCAUGAAAGAUUGCGAAUAAUUCAUUAUACGACGGGAAUUUUGCUAUUAAUUUUGUUACUUUGGGAUCUUUAUUUGUUAUUACAGUUUCUUUAUACAUCUUUAUUUUCCUUCUGUGGAAUUAAAAAUAUGAAAGGACGCAAGAAUGUAACGGGAUAGAAACUGAUCCUCGAUUUAAGAUUGAUUGAAUAAAUUUUUUUUUUUGGUGAUGGUGAUGUAGAGUUAAUUUUGAAUUUUUCCACCUUUCUAUUUGUCUAUUCUCUAGAACUUUAUGAAUUUGUCGAUCUAAAGAUGGAACUAGUUCGUAAUAGUUUGUGGCUUUUGUCGUUGACAACACACUAUGUAGAGAGAAACUUAACAUAUCAAGUAACAAUUGUGACAUUUAUUUUAUUGUUGCUGUACAGCGAGUAUAAUCUGUUUAUGAUUUCUAGGAGCUUUGGCUAUAAUGUAUAAAGGAGUCGAAGAAAUAAUAAAUGAUUUCUCUUGUGUU